AGGACUCCAAAAAAGGCUGAAGCGCCAAAGAAAGUGGAGAAGAAGAAAGAAGUAGCAAAGAAGCCAGAUGCAAAGAAACCUGCAGAGAAGAAGGUGGCUGAUAAAGGUGCUGCGAAGAAACCUGUAGCUGAUGCGAAGAAACCUGUAGCUCCUGUGAAGAAAACUAGAACUCCUUUGAAGAAAACUAGAACUGUUGCCAAGAAAACUCGAGUGGCUGCAAAGAAAACUGGAGAUGCUGGGAAAAAAACUGAUGGUGAAAAAAAAAUCCCCAAAGUACCUGAAAGUGUAUUGAAGAGAAGGAAAACCAGGAAAGCUCAAGCUAUUAAACGAAAGGCUAAUAUUCUCCAGAAAAAAGCUAAACUCAAGAAGAAGAAGAUAACAAUCUUUCAUCGAGCUGAGAAAUAUGUAAAAGAGUAUCGCAUGCAGGCACGUGAGGAGAUCAGGCUGCGUCGUGAAGCUCGCCGAGCUGGAAACUAUUAUGUUCCCAGUGGUGCAAAAUUGGCUUUUGUCAUAAGAAUUAGAGGUAUCAAUGGAGUCCAUCCACGACCCAGAAAGGUAAUGCAGUUGUUUAGGCUGAGACAGAUUAACAAUGGUGUCUUUGUCAAAGUCAACAAAGCAACUUUACAGAUGAUCAAGAUUUGCGAACCUUAUAUCACUUGGGGGUACCCUAACCUGAAGAGUGUUCGUGAAUUGGUCUAUAAAAGAGGAUAUGGUAAAAUAGAAGGACGACGUAUUCCAUUGACUGAUAAUGCUCUCAUUGAAAGGAAGCUUGGUCGCUUUGGUAUCAUUUGUAUGGAAGAUUUAAUCCAUGAAAUCCACACUGUUGGCAAACACUUCAAAUACGCUUCCAACUUCCUAUGGCCAUUCAAGUUAAACAAUCCACGAGGUGGCUGGGUGCGCAAAUACAACCACUAUAAUGAUGGAGGUGAUUUUGGCAACAGAGAGAACCAAAUUAAUCCCCUUCUCAGAAAAAUGACAUAAAAGAGAAACUUGUAAUAAAUUUCACCAGGUUAACUAAAA